AAACAUCAUGAUCGCAGGUGAUUAUAAUAGGUCAUUUGUCAAUAAAUUGAGUUUUCGCGAAUCGUGGUCAAAUCAAUUUGGUUGUUUGAAAUUAAUUAAUUAAUCAUGUCUACCGAUCCAAAAGGACAUAAUCCAACAGCAUUAGAUCGUUGGCUUUUAGUUCGUUAUAAAAAAUAUCCAAAUGCUCAACAAAUACCCAAUAAUGUCAGCUCAAUCAUGAUGCGUAGGGUUCAUGAUAAAGCAAGGAUUCAUGUUGCAAUUAUUAUUAUGGCAUUAUCCGGUAUCGGUAUGUUUACCAAUGCAAUGAUUGGAAAAUAUCAAGCAAAACAAGGUUAUUCAAUUGAAAAAGCUGUUGCUGAUUAUCAACAAGAAUAUAAUAAACGUAAAGAACAAGAACUGAGUCAACAAAAAAAGUAGAAUUCAAAUUAAAUGAGCAAAAUGUUUGUUUGUUUUUUUCAAUAGAAAAAAG